AUGGAAGAGUUGGCCAUGUUUCAUCGAGAUCUACCGGUUCUCACUCCUCGUAAUCGAGGCGAUCCUCGUCUCCGACUAAGGGCGGUUCGUUUAGGAUUGAAGUUGUUCCGAAAACCUGGUGAUCCAUCUAGUUGUGGGGGAUAUAUUGUUCUCAGUACCGGGAAGAUGGGGAAAAUUCUGCACUCUUCGCUAAAGCGUUGUCUUCUGUUACUCAAUACUAUUUCUUCGCCAUCCUCAAAUGUCGCGGAGAGGGCCGCAUGUACCACACCGAGAUGGCGACAGUGGUUCACACCAAUGAUGUCCCUGUGGGUUUCAGACGACCGGCUACCUACGUCGACUUACCGGCAAACAUUGAUAUAG